AUGCCUGGUAGCAAGACUCGUGAGUCUCGAAGCUAUCCAAACCCUGCCCGGAUGCUCACUCAGAUUGGAAUGCAAUGCGGCAAUGGUGUAGCGGAUCGGACGGUAUUGGUCAAGUUAGUCUCAACUGCCGGUACCGGAUUUUUCUACACAACCACGAAAGUGAGGACGGCGGAACGAAAGAUUGCCCGGAUGAAGUACGACCCGCGAGUCAACCAGCAUGUUUUGUUUACUGAGCAGAAAAUCAAGUAA